AUGGCUCACCCGUCAAACCAUAGGUUUAGUCCUCGGGUUGGCAGAUUACUACUGGUUUUAUUGGGUUUGUUGUUCGUUGGUUACCUUAUAGGAACACCAUUGUUGAGGCACUCUAAGGACAAUUCAAGUGAUCAGAGUUCAUGUCGUUUAUGUGAAUGUGAUUGCUCUUCAGAACCCCUCCUCUCCAUGCCAUCAGGAUGGAAUAUUGAGACAGCUGUCUAUUCUUUGUGUCCAUUCAAGACAGACUCAACUAAGAAUAAGCUUUUUGAAUUGGAGCAAUCUGAUAAUAGUACUUGCAUCAUCUGCAAGGUAGAGCUUGACCAUCUAUAUCUGAAUGGUCAGAGUGACCAUCACCUCUUCAAGUUUUUGUGUGGUGACAAAUUCUUGCCAGUGUCUGGUGAGAAUGCUUAUCAAGGCAAAAAAGGAGACUGCAUGGUCUUGAAAGCUAACAAAAAUUGGUUUUCAAGACACGGUAUAUUCUUUAACUUUGAUUCCUGUGUUAAUUUUACAGGGAUUUUCAACAGUUCAUAUGCAGACUGUGCUAAAGAUGACCCUGAUAUGAGCGAGGAAAUGGAGAAGGAUAUCAUAACUUUACUGUCGGAGGAGAUUAACUUACUGAAAAAUGUAACAAAUGAUAGCUUGGAACAUACACAGGCCUUAAUCAUUGAUGCCAAGAAAACCUCUUCACACUACCAAAAGGAGGCAGAGAAGUGCAAUACAGGGAUGGAAACCUGCGAGGAAGCAAGGGAGAGGGCCCAAGCAGCACUCACAGAAGAGCGAAAGCUCUCAGUAAAGUGGGAGCAACGAGCUCGUGAAUGUGGAUGGAAGGAUGAAAGAAGAGUUUAUUCAUGAAAGUAACCAAUCGAUACUUUAUUUUGCUAAUACUAGGAUUCUGGCUG